UGGUUCUGAAAGCCUAGCAAAGAUGGCUGAGAGCUGAGAGGGGCAAGGAGAAGACCAUUUUAGCGCACGGACGCCUCUUCUCUUUUAAAUAUCGACGGGAGGGCCUCGACGCUCACCGUCAAGCGAAGUGUGAAGAAAUUCCCACACAUGUGUUGCCACGGUGGUGGUGCUGCUGCUACUGCUGCUGCUGGUGCUCGGCGUCCGUGUCACAUCUUCCUCGCCGCUUCGAAGGCGGCGUUUGACGGCCACAAGGGAAAGUAGCGAAGAGGCCGGCAAUUGAGCCCAAAAAAACUCCAUCGAGAGAUGUCCUUGCUGUGUGUUGGAGUGAAAAAAGCCAAGCUUGAUGGACCCCAUGAAAAAUUCAACACUUACGUGACCCUGAAGGUGCAGAAUGUCAAGAGCACCACCAUCGCCGUGCGCGGCAGUCAGCCGUGCUGGGAGCAGGACUUUAUGUUUGAGAUAAACCGGCUGGACCUGGGCCUGACAGUGGAGGUGUGGAAUAAAGGCCUGAUCUGGGACACCAUGGUGGGCACCUUAUGGAUCCCCCUGAGUAGCAUCCGACAGUCCAAUGAGGAGGGUCCGGGUCAGUGGUUGACACUGGACUCCAACGUGAUCAUGGCUGAGAAUGAGAUCUGCGGCACCAAAGACCCAACCUUUCACAGGCUGCUGUUGGACACACGCUUUGAACUGCCACUAGACAUUCCUGAAGAAGAGGCACGAUACUGGGCCAAGAAGCUUGAACAACUGAAUGCCAUGAGAGACCAAGAUUGUGCCUAUCAAGAAGAGCAAGAGAGGCCUCUCCAGGCGCCUUCCACACAGUGCUGCAAUUGGAGUCUGUGGGGCAAUCAGCAAAACGACGACCCGGACAGCGCCGUGGACGACAGGGACAGCGACUACCGCAGCGAGACCAGUAACAGCGCUCCGCCUCCCUUUUACACUACAUCUCAGCCCAACGCCUCCAUGCACCAGUAUCCCAUCAGGCAACAGCACUACAGACACCCGUACGACGACAUCCACGAUAUGGACUAUGACGCCCGAGACAUUAGACCCUAUGAUAGUUUAGACUUGGCCACCAACGGGCGCAGUGAUAUCGACUCAGGCUCAGGGUCGAGCCGGCGCACCAGUCGUCAGUAUUCUCUAGACAGUAGGCAUUCGCUGUCCGAUAGUCCCACAGACAGUCGCUACGCCUCUUCGGGUGAGCUGAGCCGUGGCAGCUCCCAGCUCAGUGAGGAGUUCGUCCCUGAGGACGGUGAGAGCCUGCGAGGCUCUGAGUUCUACGACGAAAACGACUCUUAUCACUCCUGCCACUCGUCCAUUAGUUACGGCAAGGAGGACUUCCCGGGCUGGGACGGGGAGGACCAGCAGGGCGUCUACAGUGACGAGGGGAGCUAUGUCAAAGACGGCGGCGAAGACAGGGCGCUCUAUGGCGAAGAGGACGACGUGAUGUACGAGGAGGAAGGAGUGUACAACUAUGAAGAUGAGGAAGAGAUGCCGUACGAGGAAGAUGAAGAUACGUACCCAAUGGAUGGCGCUCUCAGUGAAGAGCAAGAGCCACCUUACAGCCCCACGAGCACUGCUGCCACCCUCGCUCCCCCAUCUGAUAGCUUGUCCUCCAGCAGGCCUCCUCUGGAAAAGCAGACGUCUUUACAUCAGCAGCAGCCUCCCGAUCAACUGCAACCCUCAAGCACCACGCCGGUCCUCCCUCCCCUUGAACAGGAUGACACCUUGCCCUCUUUCACAUCUGACUCUACCGACCUUCCCUUUGCACCCACCCAGCAAGACGUAUUUGCCAACACUACCACUACCAUCAACAACACAUCCACCACUGCCACUGUAGCACAGAUUCCAGGACAUGAUGCCGAGUUCCAAGAGCCCGAGCCAAAGUCCGAGGUGCCCCUAGAGGAGGUCCCACCUACAGAACAACUUCCGGCUGGGGAGAGCGUCCCCUCACCCCCUGAGGAGAAAACAGAGGAGCCUCCUCUCCCCAGCUUCCCAAAAAGGGAACUCAUGGAACCCGGUCCUGCAAGAGCCAAAGCCAACUGGCUCCGAUUGUUCAGCAGAGUACGACUGCAGUUACAAGAGGCCCGAGGUGAGAGUGUCGGCAUCGCCUCUCUGCUGUUAUCAGCGGGGAUGGGCGGUGCUCUUUACAGCAUCGACAGCAUGCCAGACCUCAGGAAGAGGAAAGCGAUGCCUCUGGUCAGAGAUCUGUCAUUGGUCCAGAACUCCAGGAAGGCCGGCAUCACCUCAGCCCUAACGUCCAGCACCUUGCAUAACGAAGAACUGAAGAGCCAUGUCUACAAGAAGACCCUCCAGGCUCUCAUCUAUCCCAUCUCCUGCACCACCCCGCACAAUUUCGAGGUGUGGACCGCCACCACGCCCACCUACUGCUACGAGUGCGAGGGGCUGCUGUGGGGUAUCGCUCGCCAAGGCAUGCGCUGUACUGAGUGCGGCGUCAAAUGUCACGAGAAGUGCCAAGAUCUGCUCAACGCCGAUUGUCUGCAAAGAGCGGCGGAGAAGAGCUCCAAACAUGGCGCAGAGGACCGCACUCAGAACAUCAUCAUGGUCCUCAAAGACCGCAUGAAGAUCCGCGAGAGGAAUAAACCGGAGAUAUUUGAACUCAUUCAGGAGGUCUUCACCGUCCCCAAGGCCACGCACGGCACCCAGAUGAAGCAGAUCAAACAGAGUGUGCUUGAUGGCACCUCCAAAUGGUCGGCCAAGAUCAGCAUCACGGUGUUAUGUGCCCAAGGUUUACAAGCCAAGGAUAAGACCGGCUCCAGUGACCCGUACGUCACUGUCCAGGUGGGAAAGACUAAAAAGAGGACCAAAACCAUCUACGGCAACCUCAACCCUGUCUGGGAGGAGACCUUCAAUUUCGAAUGCCACAACUCCUCGGAUCGCAUCAAGGUGCGAGUAUGGGACGAGGAUGACGACAUCAAGUCCCGCGUGAAGCAGAAGUUCAAGCGGGAGUCCGACGACUUCCUCGGGCAAACAAUCAUCGAGGUCCGCACUCUGAGUGGCGAGAUGGACGUGUGGUACAAUCUCGACAAGCGCACGGACAAAUCGGCCGUAUCGGGGGCGAUCCGCAUGCACAUCAAUGUGGAGAUUAAGGGCGAAGAGACAGUUGCUCCAUAUCACGUUCAAUACACCUGUUUGCAUGAAAACCUCUUCCACUUUGUGACAGACAUCCAGAACACAGGUGUGGUGAAGAUCCCCGAUGCCAAAGGAGAUGAUGCGUGGAAAGUAUACUACGAAGAGACACCUCAGGAAAUAGUGGAUGAGUUUGCGAUGCGUUACGGGGUGGAGUCCAUCUACCAAGCCAUGACUCACUUUGCCUGCCUGUCGUCCAAGUACAUGUGCCCGGGCGUGCCUGCAGUGAUGAGCACCCUGCUGGCCAACAUCAAUGCCUACUACGCUCACACCACACAGGCUACUAACAACGUUUCUGCCUCAGACCGUUUUGCCGCGUCCAACUUUGGGAAAGAACGAUUUGUCAAGCUUCUUGAUCAGCUGCACAACUCACUGAGGAUCGACCUGUCCAUGUACCGAAACAACUUCCCAGCCAGCAGUCCGGAGAGGCUGCAGGACCUCAAGUCCACGGUGGACCUCCUCACCAGUAUCACCUUCUUCAGGAUGAAGGUCCAAGAGCUGCAGUCUCCACCCAGAGCGAGCCAGGUCGUGAAAGACUGUGUGAAAGCCUGUCUCAAUUCCACUUACGAGUACAUCUUUAACAACUGCCAUGAGCUCUACAGCCGCGAGUACCAGACAGACCCGGCCAAGCAGGGUGCAGUGCCUCCAGAGGAACAGGGACCUAGCAUCAAGAAUCUAGACUUCUGGUCCAAACUCAUCACCCUUAUUGUCUCCAUCAUCGAGGAAGACAAGAACUCCUAUACACCCUGCCUUAACCAAUUCCCCCAGGAGCUCAAUGUGGGUAAAAUCAGCGCUGAAGUGAUGUGGAACCUGUUUGCUCAGGACAUGAAAUAUGCAAUGGAGGAGCAUGAGAAAAACCGCUUGUGCAAGAGUGCUGAUUACAUGAACCUGCAUUUCAAGGUCAAGUGGCUUUACAAUGAGUACUGCAAAGACUUGCCUUUCUUCAAGAGCAGAGUGCCUGAGUAUCCUGCGUGGUUUGAGCCAUUUGUGAUCCAGUGGCUGGAUGAAAAUGAGGAAGUGUCUCGGGACUUCCUGCAUGGCGCUUUGGAGAGAGACAAGAAAGAUGGGUUCCAGGUCACAUCAGAGCAUGCCCUGUUUUCCUGUUCUGUCGUGGAUGUGUUUUCCCAGCUCAACCAGAGUUUUGAGAUUAUACGAAAAUUAGAGUGUCCAGAUCCGCAGAUCGUCGGACACUACAUGAAACGAUUUGCAAAGACCAUCAGCAAUGUUCUUCUGUCAUAUGCUGACAUCAUCUCCAAGUUGUUUGCCAACUACGUCACAAUGGAGAAAGUGCCCUGCAUCCUUAUCAACAACAUCCAACAGUUGAGAGUGCAGCUGGAGAAGAUGUUUGAGGCUAUGGGUGGAAAAGAUUUGUGUGUUGAGGCCAGCGACAUCUUGAAGGACUUGCAGGUUAAACUAAACAAUGUAAUGGAUGACCUCAGCAGAGUCUUUUCUGUCAGCUUCCAGCCUCAUAUCGAAGAGAAUGUGAAGCAGAUGGGAGACAUCUUGGCUCAGGUAAAAGGAACGUCAAAGGUCGGAAAUGCUAGCAGCGUGGCUCAGGAUGCUGACAACGUCCUGCAACCCAUCAUGGAAUUCCUGGACAGCAACCUGACUCUGUUUGCCAAGAUCUGUGAGAAGACGGUGCUGAAGCGUGUGCUUAAGGAGCUGUGGAAGCUUGUGAUGAACACCAUGGAGAAGACGAUUGUUCUGCCGCCGCUCACCGAUCAAACGGGCACUCAACUCAUCUUUAACGCUGCCAAGGAGCUGGGUCAGCUGUCCAAGCUGAAGGAGCACAUGGUUCGCGAGGAGGCCAAAGCUCUCUCACCCAAGCAGUGUGCAGUCAUAGAACUAGCCCUGGACACCAUCAAGCAAUAUUUCCACGCUGGUGGCGUUGGUCUGAAGAAGACAUUCCUGGAGAAGAGUCCCGACCUGCUGUCCCUCCACUACGCCCUGUCCCUCUACACGCAGGCCACAGACAAACUUGUUAAGACCUUUGUCCAGUCGCAGAAUGCACAAGUGUUCGGCGGCAAGGGGGUGCGGUUCACCGCUAGUGAGGAUGUUUACCCAGAGAAGGGCUCCGGGGUGGACGACGCUGUGGGUGAGGUGUCCAUCCACGUGGAGAUCUUCACCCACCCCAACACCGGAGAGCACAAGGUCACCGUGAAAGUGGUGGCUGCCAACGACCUGAGGUGGCAGACGCAGGGAAUAUUCCGUCCGUUCGUGGAGGUGUUCAUCAUUGGCCCUCACCUCAGCGACAAGAAGCGGAAGUACGCCACCAAGUCCAAGAACAACAGCUGGGCGCCCAAAUAUAACGAAACCUUCACUUUCACGCUGAGCAGCGAGGUGGGCCCCGACUGCUACGAGCUGCAGGUGUGCGUCAAGGACUACUGCUUUGCCCGCGAGGACCGCACGGUGGGCAUGGCCGUUCUGCAGUUGAAGGACGUGGCCUCCAAGGGCAGCGUGGCCUGCUGGCUGCCCCUGGGCAAGCGAAUCCACAUGGACGAGACGGGCCUGACCGUGCUGCGCAUCCUAUCGCAGCGCAACAACGACGACGUGGCCAAGGAGUUCGUCAAGCUCAAGUCGGACCAGCGCUCGGCUGAGGAAGGCCGCGGCUAAGUGGUCUUCCCACCCCCACCUUCAGUGCUGUAAAUACAUUCAUUCCAAUCGGGGUACGUUUAUCAUUAUGGAUGACGUCUGCCAUCUUUGUGAUCAAGUUGAAUCAUGGCGUUCACGAGGUGUGUCAGAACAGUUACAAGACUGGUGUCAAAAAUUUUAUACGGUGGUGCCUGUAGGGUGCUGUAUGGUGGCAGUGAACUCAACUUUCGUUACAACAAACAGCAGUUUGGCAGAUAGUGAACAGUUCUUUAAAAAAAUAGACUUAGGCUGUUUAAUGCCACUAUUAGUUGACGUUUUCUGUUAAGAAAAGAAGAAGAGAAUUACACGUGUAUUUAAACAACCACAUAACUUUGCCUUAAGGUCCGCUAUCUUAAUGCUAACGCAUAAGGGGAAACGCCAUAGACGAGCUAACUGAUAGCAUCUAUGUAUCCACUUUAAGCAAUUUUAACGCAAACAGUGGAGCAGCACAUGUAGACAGACAAUAUAACAAUGCUUAAAGUCAUAUAUUCUUCAUCCACUGCAAAAAAUGACUGAUAUUUUUGCACAUUACCGUUUUUAAUAGGGCUCAACUGAUUAAUCGGCUGGCCGAUUUAAUGGGCCAAUAUUACCCCUUUGCAACUGGGCAAAAGAUUUUUGCAGAUUUCAACAUUAGACAAAAAUAAUGACAAAAAAACAUUCUUAAAAAAAGUCAGCAAAAAUAAUUUGGCCAAUUCUUACCAAUUUUUCUUUGUUUUAGUUAAACAAAUACUAAAGAACAAAGGACUGUAAAACAAUCAAAUGUUCUGCCUGUAAUUCAUAUCUUUAUUGUUGUAUGCAUUAAGGGACCAAAAAAAGUUUGAUUCAUUACAUUUAUCUUUAACUAAUCAGACACAUAAUCGGUUAUUGGAAUUUUACUCUGCGAUAUAUCAGAAUCGGCGUCAGCCUAAAAAAAAUCCUUGUCGAUCGGGCCCUAGUUAUUACUAUAUGUUUUUAUAAAAUACAAAUUAGUCUUUUUUUUUGUUUCCUUAGUAAAAAACAUUUUUUGUUGGCUUUUUGGGGGAGGCUGGAACAAAUGAAUGGCAUUUCCAUUCAUUUCAAUGAGGAAGGAGUAAUUGAGUUACGAGUGUUUUGAAUUACUCGCAUGGUCACGGAAUGAAUUAAACUGUAUCUCAAGGCACCACUGUUUUUUUAAAUUCAAAAGUUUUCCCCUUUGAAGCAAUCCCUUUGGCCUCUCACACACUUUCCCGUCUCUGCCAAAUCUUCACGCACUCCUGGAAUGAUUCUUCCGGGAUCCUCUGCAGCACCGUCAUCACGGCCGUCUUCAUAUUCGAAAAAAAAUAUUCAUAUUCGUCCGCUUGAUGACCUCCUGAGUUUUUGAAUGAGAGGGUGGGAACAAAUGACAAAAAGCCAGGUCAUAUCAGUAGGGAUGAUGCUCCAGCACGGCGACGUUCUUCACGGCAAGGAACUGUCAGAUGCUCAGGGCAUUCUGAGUAGGCGCGUUGCCACGGUGAAGCAGCCGCGAGUCUUCCUGCCACAACUCUCGCCUCUUCUCGCGCACUCAGGAUCUCUUUGUAAGACGUACCGGUUGAUCGUCUGACCCACAUUGAAGGGGGAAAACUCAUAGUUUGGGAUUGAAAUCUAUCUUCUGUGAUACCAGUCCUGGAACUUUUCGAAUACACCUCAUGUAUCACACGUGGCAUUACACACGUCUCAAUCGGCUUCACAGGGUUGUAUUUUACUUUCGGAGGAUAGUCGCGCAAAUGUGUCGGCGAAAAGAUAACAAAACAUUCCAGAAGUGACAGGGAGGGUCCCAGGGAAGAAAAGUACACAUUUAUAAGUGCAACUAUUUAUUAUCGUUUACGGUUUUCUUCCAGAUUAUAUUUAUACGAAAAUAGUUAUGAGUCUAAUCAGAAAUCAUCCGUGAAGUGACAGUAUAUUUCGGGAGGAUGUUCGAUGGCGGAACAGAGCACACUGCCUGACACCUUCAAUGCCUUCUGUCUCGUUCACCCGCCAUCUUUGUGAUAAGUGCACAUAAGUGAGCGUGCAUGAGUGUGCGAGUGAAACCAACACAAGCCAACAUCUUAGUGCGAUUUUCCUGUCAUGUUUUACCCCCUCUUAGUUACUAGUGUAAACAUUCCAGAUGGAAGGUGCCAAGUCCCCCACGCCUAAACACGUCUAUGUGGGUUGUUAUAAGUCACCAAGCACAAGUCAUUAGCGAUCAGUUGUCGAUCAAGUGGGACCUCUGCUAAAAGGGCUGAAGAUCCCGACCGCGCACGGUCUGCAUCUGACAUGGAAGAAAUAGAUGACCUUGAGGGGGUGGCCUUCAUUUUUCAGAGGCCAUUUUAGUUCCCCAAGGGCAAUACCAAAAUUAUGAUGCAAUGACCAAACUAACCUCUGAGGUUUUAUUUGUUUGUAGAAAACGUGGAGGGUCGGCCACGUUGUCCACCCCUGUUCUCAUCAGUAGAGCGUGUCAAACAUGAAAAAAGUAGUUUGAAGGUUACACUUCUGCUAUCUUCUUCCAUAUCUUUUUUUUUUUUAAAUGCCAGAAAAGAAACGAGACUCGGCCAGCCACUGUUGUGACUCAAUGCUAACGGCCCAACUGCUUGUUUCAAAGUUGUCGCAAUAUGGAGCAAAGAGUUGGCUUGUGCCACCUCCAGUUGUGUGACUAAGUGUGACAGCAUCUUACUACACAAAAGCCUGAAAAAAAGCACCGUGAGAGAAGUGACAAAUCGUGACGGUGUGCUACAAAAAAGCCUGAAAAAGAAGCACAGAGAGAUGUGACAGUGACAUACAUGUGCUACACAAAACAAGCAAAAAAAGAAGCAGAGAAAGAAGUUUCGCAACAGCAGUGUAUUACACAAAAGUCGGGAAAAGAAACCCAGCGUGAGAGAAGUGACAGUGUCACAGCAAUAUGAUUCACAAUAGCCUGAAAAAGAAGCACAGGGUGAGAGACGUGACAAAUCACGGCAGUGUGCUACAAAAAAACAUGAAGAAGAAGCACGGAGAGGUGUGACAGAGUGACAUCUGUGUGCUACACAAUAGCCUCACAGAGAAAAGUUUGGCAACAGCAGUGUACAACACAAAAGUCUGAAAAGGAAGUACAGAAUUAGAGGCGACAGGGUGUCAGCAAUAUGCUUCACAAGAGCCUGAAAAAGAAGCACAGAGUGAGAGCAAUGACAAAUCAUGUCAGUGUGCUACAAAAAAAAGCCUGAAAAAGAAGCACAGACGCACAGGGUGAGGAACAUGGCAAAUUGCAGCACAGGUUGAGAGAUGACAAAGUGUGACAGUGUGCUACACAAAAGCAGAAAAAGAAGCACAGAGAGUGAAAUAUGUGUGCUACACAAAAAAGAAGCAGAGGGUAAAAAAAUUGACUAAUUACUGCAGUAUGCAACAAAAAUGCCUGAAAAAGAAGCAUAGGGCGAGAGAUCUGACAAAGUGUGGCAGCAGCUUGUUACACAAAAGCUAGAAAUAGAAGCAGACAGAAGCAUACGGAUGUAGCUUCAGAAAAAGAAGCACAGACGGAGAGAAGGAGCAAAGCGCAUCGGCAGUGCGAUGGACAAAAGUCUGAAAAAAGAAGCAGUGACAGUCGGGACAGAGCAUGACAGCAAUGUGCUACACAAAACUGGGGAAAAAAAAGAUUUCAGAAAGCAUGAUAGUAGUGUGCUGCAUGAUAGUCUGAAAAAUAAGCACAGAGAGAAGUGAACUUUACAGUUGAAUAGUGGUAAGAUGUUGCGCAACACUGCAACAUACGCAAUGAGCUGCGAGUGUGGGUGCCGCAGUCUUGUUUCUUUAUUGUCGCACAUUGUUCAAUGGAGCCGCCAAAGUCCAAUGCAAUUGAAUUUGGUGCUUCUUUUUCAAAUACAAAUCUGGUCCUGCAAUCUUAAAAUCUUUAACAGUACUACAGGAAAUUCUUGAGUAACAUCGUAACAUUUCUGUCACACAGGUGUAAUAAAUAAAUGGGAUUUAUAUAGCAUCGUUCAAUGGCAUAACCCUCUUAACUGUAUAAUAAAAGCCAAAUAAAAAGUGUUAUCGUUCAGUGAUAGUGUGGCAAAUGCUAAAGGCUAGUCAGCUAACUUUUCAGCAUACAUUUGAUUACUCUUUUAGUAAUGUCGGCUUAUUGAAGUCUGGUUGAUAGGACUUUGAAGGUUCCACUGUCUUUAAAUGUGGGAGACGUGUAUUGACUGGAUUGAUUCCACGUACAUGAAACCAAACAUCCUCAACGGUUCUUGGCUGUCCAUUAAAAAGAGACGUAAUCAUCACAUAGUGGACAUAGUUGUUGGGGUCACAUAAGAGGGUGGAUAUAUUUUUUUUUUUAAUCUUAUUUUGGCCUGUGACGAGCACUUCUAGUUUAUUAGGCCCUCUCUUGUUUGAUUGGAACUCUAUGCAUCAGAUCUAUAGAAUCAAGUUUUUUCAUUUUUGAAGCCGUCUCGUAAUGUUUACAUGGUGGAUCGUUCUAUUCUGAUAUCAGCACAAGUGUUGGAUAUAUUGUAAAAAGAAAAAAAAAUGUCUAAUGUCAAGGGCCAAAUGUUUGCUGCAGCGUAAGUGGAGACUGAAUUCCUUUUUUAUUUUGGAGAUAAUAUGUUUGAAGGAGUGUUAAGGCCACACUGAGAAGAAGAAAAAAAAGUCUAAAAGGAGGUUUAGAAAAGUUAUGAGAAAACAGACGUACACCUUUAUUUUCAUAAGAUUUGCACUUUAUCGUCACCAAAUUACGUCUUUAUCCACUUAUUUCUACUUAAUUCUCAUAUCGUGACUUUUUUUCAUACCAAAUUACAGUUUUACACCCUUAAUGUUCUGUAAUAUUCUCAAUAGGUUUAUUCUUGCAAUGUCUUUGUAAUAUGUAAAGUUUUUUCACCAAAUCACGACAAUCUCAGAAGAGUGACUUUUUGUCACCAAAUUCCGACUUCUGGGAAUAAUUCAACUUUAUUUAGAUAUAACUUUAAUGGCAAAUUCAUACUUGAUUAAUUUUUUUCAUAUCAGUCUUUGUCAUUGCCAAAUUGACUAUUUUUGUCAUUUUUCCUUAUUCCCGCAAUAUUAAUUAAUAAUUUUUAUAUCAUUUUGUUUAUUUUAUAUAGUUUUUUUUAUAAUAUCUUCAUUUCGUUAUGACUUCAUUUUUGUAAUAUUUCAACUUUAUUCUCAUAAUAAUUCAAUGUUAGUCUAACUUUUUAACAUAACUUUAUUCUCAAAAUUGUACUUUACAUAAUAGUGCGAGAUUUUUCCUUGCUAAAUUAGGAUUUUAUUCUUUAAUAUUCUGACUUUAUUGUGGUAGUACCACAAUUCCCUGCCGCCCGCAGCGACGUCUUUCAGAGGCAUGCAGAAGUUUCGGGACGGAAGCACAAACAAAAAAACAAAACAAACAAAAAAAAGCACAGAACCACGUGCAUGUUUUCUGCCCCAAGUGCACGUUCAUGAACUUCCACUGAUGGUGCAUGAUAGGAACGCUGUAACAAAGAGAUUUACAUUUUUAAAAAGAAAUGUGUUGUGCCAGCACGCGUAAUAAUUUGAUGUUGUCUCCUUUAUUUUGAUAUCUUCUUUUAUAUUUUUGAAAUGUUUGUGAAUAUAUAAAUACGUAUCACUGAUGAUAAUGAUGAUGAUGUGAAGUGUUGCAAAGUAGUCGCAUGGGACAUUUUUUUAUACAUAAAAUGUUUAUAAUUUUUUUUAUAUUUAUGUUACUGGGACAGUAGUCUCCUUGUGUUCUGCUUCCAAUAAAAGAUGCCAAAUUUGAA